AUGAUGGGCCUGCUUUGCAGCAGCUGUUGUGGGCUCAUGUGGUUGGGAGGUGGCAUUGCAACCCUUGCCGUGCUCUACGGCUCUCGUGCCCCACCAAGGCAGAUGUGCUAUGGUCAGUUUGACCCAGUGAUCUUCCUACACCGGGGUAACUUGACUCAUGGGCAAGAAAACACACUCAAAAGUGUCGUUGCGGGAGCCGCCGCCUUGGGUGCAAAUCCUGAGAUCGACGUCAUGAGUACUUCUGACAAGGUUGCCAUCAUUCACCACGACGACAGCUUCGUACGCAUGACCGGAGUGGACAAGAAGGUUGACGCCACGCCUUGGUCAGAAGUACAAGGCCUGACAGUCCUUGCGGAAGUGGAUGGCUACGACUAUGGCACCACGUCGCGCGUGCCCAGCCUUGACGAGACUGUGACCGAUGCGUGCGCCAGCAACCCGACAGUUGUUAUCGACUUCGAUGUGAAGGACGAUGCAUCUGCGGAAAGUUCGGUGGCUGCCUGGGAAAGCUCCUCUUGCACAGCAAAGUCUUCAUCGAUUUUUGCCACAGGCUUGCCCACAACGGGACGGCUCAUGGUGAACAAGUUGGAGGAAGCAGGCAUGACCAACCAUGUCUCAGUGUACUUGCACCCAGGCAGUUACGGACCCCUGGGACUGUACUUCUUUUUGAAGACGGGCAUCUUUCAUGCAGCCGCGGGUGCGUCCAUCAUCAGCCUCCACAAGACUGUGUGGGACGUGGAGAUGGAUCUCAUCACGGCCUAUGAAGAGAUGGGGUACUGCACUGCCAUUUAUGGAAUCCGACCAGAAGAGAUGUCGCUUUAUCCCAGUGCUUCCUUCUACAUCAUCGAUGAGGGACCAUACUUCCCUGACACUCCCAACGGCCAGUAUGGCGGGGAUGGGGGAACCGAAAUCGUUACCUACGAUGGGGACCAAUCCGGCUUCAACGGUUUACUUGCCCUUGGCAUCAUUUGCUUCCCGAUGCUGUUUUUGAGUUGGGCUUGUUGUUGCUGUUUUUGCUGCCGUCUCAAGAAGAGCAGGGCUGUGCCGUCUCAAGAGUAG